AUAAUAUAGGUGGAGACAAGAUUCCUAAUUUUGUCACUCGUUAUUGAUGUGCCAUUUAUUCGUUGGACGUGCAUAAAUUCUUAUGCUCACACAACUCGCGUAUAGAAUUUAAUCUCGUAGGGAAAAUCCCUCCCUUCUCUCCCUCUUCUCUCUCUCUCCCUCUCUCUCUCCUUCGAAACCCAAUUCAAUUGUUGGGUGGCGAAGAAUGUAGGAUGUAGUUUCAAUGCCCAAUCGAAAUGCAGGGUCAACCAAACCCUAAUAAUCUCUAUGCUUAUAACAGUAACAAUUACAAUAGUAAUAGCCAGGCAAUUUUGACAUCCUCUCAUGGCGCCUUCAACAACCCAUCACCGACCACACUAACGCCGCCGCCGUCGCCGCCAAUCCUGGCUUCUUUCCAUGGGGUCAACCACGGUCGAGCCCUCUCGGAUGGUGAUUUCUUGGACCUUGGCGGCGAUCCCUUCAAUGACUUUGACGAUGACUUCUUAUCCUCCCUUCUCGAUGUUCAAAAUCUUGGGUGGAACCAGGAAAAUGACGGCGGUGUUUGUUUGAUGGAUCAAGACGGGGGUAGCGGUCAUGAAUUGAAAAAUCAUAACAAUGCUCAACAUGGGAACACCCAUUUGUUGGAAGAAGGUGGCGGUGGCGGUGGCGGCGGCGGCGGCAACGAAUUGAAAAAUCAUAACAAUGUGGACCAUGGCAAAAGUUGCUUGAUUGAAGGGUCACGCCAGCAGCAUAAUAAUGAGAAGAAGAAGAGAGGCCCACGUCGUUAUGAUUUGCAACAUAUUUUGACCGUUGACCCAGAGCACGGCAAGAGGCUUAUGGAAAGUAGGCAGUAUAUGGCUCGUUCGAGAGACAAGAAGGUUCGCUAUCUAUCCGAACUUGAGGAAAAAGCUCGAUUCCUUGAAUUCGAAGCAAUAAAUCUCUCCGCGAAACUCACAACUUGCCAGAGAGACAAAAUGGGCCUGACUACAGAGAAUGUUGAGCUCAAAACCCUGCUAGAAAUUAAGCAGCAACAAGCUGAAUUACGCGAUGCUUUAGGUGAAGCACUGCAGCAAGAAGUUGAGAAGCUCAAGAUUUCGAACGGAGGAAUACAAACUCCACCCGAAUCGUUUAUCUUGGGAGUGCAGCCAAACACCCCAUUAGCCUGCCUCUCACCUACGCAACCACUUGUGCAGUACAACUCGUUAACCUCCCCAUCGUCUAUGCAACCGCCGGUGCAAUAUAAGCCUGUAACCUCCCCAUCAACCUUCCAAUCACCCCUGCAGAGCAGCCCGUUCACCUCCCCAUCAACCCUGCAAUCACCCCUGCAGGGCAGCCCGUUCACCUUCGCAUCAACCUUGCAAUCACCCCUGCAGCGCAGCCCGUUCACCUCCCCAUCAACCCUGCAAGCACCCUUGCAGAGCAGCCCGUUCACCUCCCCAUCAACCUUGCAAUCACCCCUGCAGAGAAGCCCGUUCGCCUCCCCAUCAACCUUGCAAUCACCCCUGCAGAACAGCCCGUUCACCUCUGCAUCAUCACCCCAUGUCGUGUCCCACAGCCCAGUUGCCUCCCCUUCACCGUCAACUUUUAAAACUAUGUCUCACAAUCCGGCAGCGCCCCCCUCUCCACAGACAAGAAACAAUGUCUUCCCGCUUCCGAAAGCGCCAAGCGCCGCGCUUUCCCAGUUGUCACCGUUGCAUAAUUCGGGAUCUAGCUUGUUGAGUCGCCGUGGUCGUCCAGCAAACCUGCCAACUCCCCCUAAGUAGAAAGAGUCACUCAGCAUCUUGCAAGGGUUGAUAUCCGUUACGGAGGAUCAAAAAAUCUCUCUUUCCGUGUCAAAAAAAUUGUCGGGUUUGCAACACAAAAUUGAAAACAAUGUACUAUUUUUAUCAGAAAAAUCCCAACAUUUUUUGCAUAACUUGCCUUAAAUUUAAAUUUUUCAUGACAAAAACACGUUUUUUAGUUGUCAUUUUGCACACCGGACAAUCUUUUUGGAAUAGAGAUAGUAUGAAAAUGUUGAAUGUCCUCAAAUUCUUGGAAGGUGUGAAAGUAAGAAGCUGUCAAUUGUUCUAUUCCGUCUGACCAAAAAAAAAUGAAGCUGUCAAUUGUGCACCUGUGUAUAUUCCCAUGUAUUGCCUUUAAAUCUGACGAAAUGUAUAUUCACAUUAUUCACGUAAA